AUGACCUCUAUUUUCUAAUUAGAUUAGGAAUAUAGAAUACUAUUUGAGUAAAUUAUGGGAAUGCUUGAUUAAUUAUCAUCUAUAAGUUUAGAAUUUGUAAGCUCUAAAUUAACGUUUCUUGAAAAAUACUCUUAAACUUUAAAAACUUCAUAAAUGGAUGCUAGACAACAUAGAAAUAAUUAAAUAAAAAAUCUGAUUGAAUAUGUUAAAAUGAAUUCCAAAUCAAAAGUACGUUCUAUGAUUCAUUCCCCAUUUAAUAGAACAUUUCAUCAUCAUAAUUCUUUGGAUAUGUAGGAUAUUCAUAUAAAUGAAAAUAUCUCUGUGAUACCUAAUUCUUGUGUCUCAUAAAAAUGUCUAAGUGAUACUAAACUUUUCCAUACAAAAACUAUUAAAAAUAUACUAUAAAAAAUAGUAUCAAAGAAGAAUGAUUCACCUUAAAAAACUUUUACAGAUCCCCUAUUAAAAUUACUUGAAAAUGCACUAUCUUUAUUAGAAACACACUAAUAAUACUAUUAAAAAGAUUAUAAUGAAUUAAAGAAAGAAUAUGAUGAAUUACUAUAAAAUAAUCCAUAAAUAAUGGCCAAAGUAAGUUUACAGAAUAAAUCAAUUAAAAUUAAAGAAAAUUUGAACUCUCUAAUAGAAACACAAAAAUCGUUCAAAUCUUAUCUAAAUUCUAUAAUGUGA